CUUUUAAUUUUAAAAAAAUCUAUCCCUAAUGCCCCGUGCGUGCGCAUGCGCAGUUUAACGUAGGGCAAGGUUGUAUGAAUCUAAACAAUAACAGUUACCUGUAGAACCGCCAUAUUGCGAGGUGACGCAAAUGACACUUUGUUUUGAAUGUGUGAAUGGUUUUUAUGUUGAUUUCUCUACGCAAUGCCGGCCCAUUGUUGUGCAUAUGGUUGUAAAAGCAGACAAACAGCAGGUGAAAACAUCAAGUUUUUCCGCAUACCUAAGGAUGAACACCUGAGGGCUAAGUGGAUAUCGGCCAUUAAACGUGAUGAUUGGGAGCCUAGCGAUCAUACCAGGAUUUGCUCCAAACAUUUUAUUAAUGGACAGCCUUGCAAAGAUCCAACAAAUCCUAAUUAUGUGCCAUCUGUAUUCUGCCAUCGGCCCAUCAAAGAAGGUGUACUCCAGGAAAAAGUUCAGCGCCAUAAACGCCUUGUUGAAAGAAAGGAAAACAUCGCCAGGAGCGAGUCAGCACAGGCCCUUCUUACUCUCAGUAUGGACAAACCAGAAAAGUGUGCCGGGACUGCGACGCAGACACCUGUCGUUCAUCAUUGUGAUUCCGAAGUGCAAGGUGAUAUCACGCUCCCUGUGGUGACUAGUCUCAUCGUCACCAACCAGUUCUUGAAAAACAUCUGUGAUUCCAAUGCAGUGACCAUCAAAGAACAACAGCUUGAUCAACAAAGAGCCCAUGAAAUUUGUCGCAAGCAAGAAGAUGAGCUCAAAUCAUUAGAAUGCAGACUUCAAAAGAAGGAGGAAGAAAACACACAGCUAUUGGAAGAGCUCACGAAAAAGACACUUAGUUUCAAGACUAUUGAGGGGGAUGAUAAGAAAACUAAAUUCUACACAGGAUUUCAAAAUUUCAAAACUUUCCAUGCAGUGUUCCUAGAAACAUCUUCAAAAGUGAAAAGAAAGAAAACAAAGCUGUCGAAAGAGGAUGAAUUAUUGCUGACUCUCGUAAAAUUAAGACGAAAUCUUGCUAUGACAGACCUUGCCUAUCGAUUCAACAUUAGUCAAUCCUCAGUUACCAAUAUAUUCCAUGCGUGGCUGGAUGCUCUAUAUGCUACUUUAGGAGGACUUGUGCAUUGGCCAGAGACUGAUGUGUGUCAAUUACCGGAAGUGUUCCAGAAUGAAGUUUUCCGAAAAGUGAAAUGCGUCAUUGACUGUACCGAGAUUUUCAUUGAGAGGCCAUCCAUUUUGAAGGCGAGAGCACAAACCUACUCAAACUACAAGCGCCAUAACACCAUCAAGAUUCGUGUCGGAGCGAGUCCAUCAGGAUGUAUAACUUUCCUGUCUUCAUGUUGGGGAGGUUGUGUCAGUGAUAGACAGAUUACUACUGAAUCAGGAAUUCUGGACAAACUCCUUCCAGGAGAUGUGGUACUUGCUGACCGGGGGUUCAACAUGACAGAAGACUUUGCCCUAAAAGGAGCUCAGCUGAUUGUUCCAGCCUACACAAAGAGGAAAAGUCAGUUACCAAAAGAAGACGUUGAGAAAUCUCGCAUGAUGUCUCGUGCACGGAUUCACAUCGAACGAGUUAUUGGGAGACUGAAGGACUUUGAGAUUAUCAAGGGCCCAUUACCCAUAAACUUUGUGAAGAGAAAAUCAGACAGUCAGGUGACUUGUGGGGACAAGAUAGUGCGAGUUGUUGCAGCUAUUGUGAACACUAACGAUGCCAUUCUGUGAGAUCUGAGUGAAACUGGUUCUGAUCAAUGAACAUGUUAUUGCUUGUAUCACUGUGAACAAGUACAAUUGUUUCAAUUAAUUAAAUAUUGACUAAUCAUUAAAUUUUUGAUGGUUUUCCUGUUAUCAAGUAAUGUCUAGUUGAUUGAUAUUUUUUUUCAUUGUUUUCAUGUUGCUUGUCAUUUAAUAUUGAAUCCAUUGUUUGAAAAUAAUCAGUAAAUCAUUGA